UCAAGUAGACUAAUGCCCAAAUUUAUUCAUAAAAAAAAUAAAAAAAAAUUGUGUCAAUUGUAUAAGAAGUAUGCGGAAAAGGUUUAAGGAUGAAAAUUUUUAUAUAACACGUAUUACUUCUAUUGUAUCAAUAAACAUUAGACUUUUAUUUAUUAGAUAAUCCGACUAAUAUUUUUAUUCAUAAGAUUAAACAGAAUUCACGUAAUAAUUAAGGCUAACGUACGAGCGUAAAUAUUUAUUUACAUUUUACUGUUCACUAUUUACUGUUAAAAAACUAAUUACUAACGAGAUAACAAUGUGAAUAAAAGUCAAAGAAUAAUAAAAAGAAAAUAAUAAUUUAAAAUGGUGAGACUGAAAUAAUUAUAAGUCAAAACGGCAAACAAUUAUUGCCGGUGGGAAGCUAAAUAAUAUUAAGAAAAUCUUGUUAUGUUUCAAGUGCUAUAUUCUAUCAUUAUUAUUAUUAUAUUAUCUGUGAGAUAAUUGGAGCGUUACUGCAUUAGGCGUUAACGUUAACGAUGGAAACAGGGCUGACAGGAUGUUUAUAAAUUAACGAUAGACUUUAUGUCUUUCUAUUUUAUUUAUGAAUUAUCGAUGUGUUGAGAAAUGUCUCACGUCAUUUUGUGCUAACGCAAAUUUUUAUUUUUAUUUACCAGAUAAACAGUAAUACACAUGUAAUUGAUUUAUCUUCAAUAAUAGCGUGUAAGGCUUUUAUUUUACUUUGUAAAAUAUUUGACCUAGAGAAUGUUUUUAUCGGCAACCAUCGCUUGUCAACCUCAUUAUUAAUUUAUCGCAAUAAAUGCAAUAGAAGCAUGCAAACCGUUAAAACAUGCGCGAACUAUGUAACGAGGUGUGAAUAUAAAUUUAUCUUAGAUAAAGUUUCGUCCUGGAUAAAAGCUUCGAUUUUUAUUAUUCAUUAUUUUAUACGGGAUAUCAGUAUACUAAAUUAAAAAAAAAAAAAAAGUUCAUUUUUAAUAUUACUACGGCUCGAACGGCUAAAUGAUGAUUUUUUUAUGCCCGGAGUACCGGGAAAUAAUUAUUGUCGUAAUUAUGAAGGUAAUUUUGUCAAGCUCAUCACAAUCGCAAUCCUGCUCGCUGGAUUACCGACCACUUGUAUUAAGCCUUAAUAACGAGUAUCGAACAUCCGGUAUUUUGUUUACGUCAUCGAAAAAUUAUUUAUCAGAUGAAUUGUCCACAUUCGUCGGUAAUAUGAUAAAAAACAUAUCAAACAACGGGAUACUGUCAACAGUAAUAGACUACAAUGAAUUAACAACCGAGAUUGAAUAUUAUGAAUCAAAAAUAACACGUCCGCUGUUAGUAUUUGUCAUCAAUGAAGAACGAGAUUUAAUAGUACUCGAAACACUAUCAAAAACAAUAGAUAUGAAUUAUCCAGUCUGGCUGAUUAUAUUUACCGGGUCAUCGAAAAAUAAUUCAAUGUGUGAUUAUUGUCUCAACACGAGCGUCAAUGAACUAUCAUUGAGCUUCCGAACAGAGAUGAUCGUGUGGUGUUGUUGCAAUCCAAAUUAUCUUCACGAAUGGUGGUCGAUUGACGGAAAAAUUUUUCGAAAAGGUUACUUUGGUAAUUGGUCAUAUGAAACAGGAGUACAGGGCGUCGAUAAAAAUUCGCUGUUUGCGGUCCGUAGUGCUGUUAAUGCGCCUCUUCGAAUCGCAUAUGUUACGAAUUCAGUAUUUUUCAAGUACAAAAAUGGAAAAAUGGGUGCAUUCAUGGGUGAUAUACUUAGCGAAUUAACAAAGACAUUAAACAUCACGCCGCUGAUGAAGAGUGAAAGUAUUUUUGGGAUCUAUAAUAAAGACGAAAAAACAUGGACAGGUAUGGUGGGAAGUGUUUGGCGUCGUGAUGUUGAUAUGGGUGUUGGUGAAGUAACAAUGACAGUUGAAAGACGUGAAAUAUUAGACUUUACAUUACCAUUGAUUUUAUCACCCUGUCGUUUAUACUUCAGAGAACCAAAUAGCACAUUACAGUGGUCUGCUUAUUUUGAGGCAUUUAGCAGUGAUAUUUGGAUGAUAAUGAUUUCGAUGAUUGUCCUGAUUCCCGCUCUAAUAACGUUGAUCAAAAUACAUCAAAGUAAAAAAAUGAUUUCUCAUAUCAUUGCCGAGAAUUAUCUCAAUGUUUGGGGUAUCUUUUGUCAACAAGGAUUGUCUGAAUUUCCGGCGAGAACAUCGCUGAGGAUAGUUUAUUUUGCGAUGCUUGUAUCAGCGUUUAUACUAUCAGCUGCAUAUUCAGCCGCACUUAUAAGCUUUUUAGCGGUGUCUCAAGAUAAACUGCCAUUUUCUUCUUUGGACGAAUUUGUAGAGGACGGAACUUAUAAGUUUCUUGUUCUCAAAGAUAGCGCUGAUUACGAUUUAAUUACUUAUUCAAAAGAUCCGAUAUGGGUGGAAUUGAAAAAAUUAAUGAAAGCUGAGCCACUGUUACCACCAUCGGUUUAUGAAGGAUUCUAUCAGGUAUGUAUAGAAAAGGCAGCAUUCUAUGCAAGCGAUGCUAUGAGAAUGUCAAUGAAUAAUACUUUUCCAUGUGAUAUAACGUACAUUGAAACAGGAAGAUAUGAUAGUCUUGCCAUGGUACUACCUCAUAAAAGUCCUUACACCGGAAUACUUAAUCAUCAGAUUCAUAAAUUCCGAGAUAGAGGAAUACUGAACAAAUUCAUUCAGAAACAUUUCAACAAGAAGGAGACUAAAAUUAACACGUAUAACGCAGUAACGAUACGAGGUGUUGCGCCUAUACUUGUUGUUUUUACAGGUGGAAUAACUUUUGCAAUCAUUUUACUUGUUAUUGAAAAAGUUAUUUUUUUUUACGCUCGUUACACGGCGACAACGCGAUCUGGUAGUGUAACGCCGAUUAAUGUUCAACACUUUCAACAUUCUUUCUCUUUCAAGGUAAAAGGACAUAACAAUUUUAUCAAUGGUGCUACUAAGGUCAAUAAUGAUAAUGACAAAUUUUUAUUUCCUCUAAAAAAUUAUUAUCCGUAAACAAUUAUAUAAACUACGAUGUGUAAAUAUUAUAAUUACAUUUUAUAAUAAAAUGUGUUGUUGUUAUAUGGAAAAGAAGAAAACGUAUAAUAAUUAGAAAAAAUAAACCGAGUUAUUAUUGUUAUUUUAAAUAACAUUAAGAGAAAAUUCUUACUCGAGUGUAGGUCGUAGGUCGGAAGUAGCAGCCUCAAUGUUCUAUGCAAAUGUUCAAUUUAUGACUGACAAAGUGAUAAAAUUAUGAAGAAUAAAAAAAUAUAUAUGAAAUUGAU